GAAAUAUCACCUUGACCGGCCUCCUUUUCAGUCCACGCACGUACCGUUUAGUUUCGACGUUGAACAAGUUGCCACGCGACAAAAAAGCAGCCCGUUCCACGGAGAAGAAGCAACUCUUACACCUCACCUAAUCGUCCCCAGAAAAAUCGAUCAACGCGGAAGUUGAUUCACAUUCACGUGACCCACAUCAUCAUCAUCAUCAUCAUAAACAGACAGAAAACGGCAGCAUCUUUCAAAAAGAACAUGAGACGUGCGCUACAUUUCGUUUUUAAAGUCGGCGACCGAGCCAAAACGGCUACAUUUUACCGAGAUGUUUUGGGCAUGAAGGUUUUGCGCCACGAGGAGUUCGUCGAAGGCUGCAAAGCAACAUGCAACGGGCCCUAUGAUGGCAAGUGGAGCAAGACUAUGGUCGGUUUUGGUCCUGAGGACGACCAUUUUGUUGCUGAGCUCACUUACAACUACGGUGUCGCCGAAUACCAACUUGGAAAUGAUUUUUUGGGGAUCACCCUUCAGUCAAGCCAAGCUGUCAGCAACGCUAAACGUCUGGGUUGGCCCCUCAGUCAGGUGGGAGAGGCCCUGUACCUAACGCAGGCUCCAGGUGGCUUCCGCUUCUACCUUGUGGAUAAAGAGCAGCCCCCCACCGAUCCCGUGCAGAAGGUUUCCCUCGGCGUAUCGGAUCUACCAAAGUCCAUUCACUACUGGUCGAAAUUGUUGGGAAUGACGCUGAUGGAAAGGAACGACGAUCAAAAAACAGCCCUGCUGGGAUUUGGAGACACACAGUGUAAACUGGAGCUGCACGACAUCAGCGGGACUGUAAAUCAUGGAACGGCAUUUGGGAGGAUUGCCUUCUCAUGCCCUCGCGAUCAACUUCCCGACCUCGAGGCCUUGAUGAAAAAGGAGAAUCAGAACAUUCUUACGCCGUUGGUGAGCUUGGACACACCUGGAAAAGCCACUGUGGAAGUUGUGAUUCUGGCUGACCCGGAUGGUCACGAGAUUUGCUUUGUGGGCGACGAAGCGUUUCGACAGCUUUCUCUGGUGGACCCGAGAGGAAAUGAGUUGCUCGAUAAGGGAAUGGCUGACGACAAAAGCAACGAGUGGUUUGCCAAGCACAAUCGACAGAAAGCCGCUGCCUAACGUGAGCAAAGCAGUCUGGGGAAACGGUCAACUUUCACAGAGCUCGAGUAAAAAAAAAAAAAAACUUUCAGUUACGUCGCACUGGACAACGACGCUGCAUUUUGUUCAUUAAUCGUCAUUUCAUUUAAUUCCAUACAAUUAGACGGGCAAAAGUAGACGCUGUGGGUCUGGAAUGCCACAUCUGUUGUACACAGUUUGGAAAGCACUCUUCUAAUUGUCUAAACAUAACAAUAAAUCAGAACAUUUCAUUUUUUGAAGCACAAGAAAUGUUCUUGCAUUGUUUAUGAUUAUUUUUGCAUUUUAAUUAUUUUUGUAUUACUUGUUUUACAACCACUUUUGAAAGACUAAAUCAUUGGUUCUCGACUGUUGUUACCCAGGAACCUGCAUUUUU